AUGGAGGUCCUGCCCUGCUCCAGGGUGGCUCACAUCGAGCGCAAGAAGAAGCCCUACAACAACAACAUUGGUUUCUACACCAAGCGCAAUGCACUGCGAGUGGCUGAGGUGUGGAUGGAUGACUACAAGUGGCACGUGUACAUCGCAUGGAACCUGCCGCUGGAGAAUCCAGGUAUUGACAUUGGGGAUGUUUCUGAGAGAAAAGCAUUGAGGAAGAGCUUGAAGUGUAAAAAUUUCCAGUGGUACCUGGACCAUGUUUACCCAGAGAUGAGAAGGUACAACAACACCAUCGCUUAUGGCGAGCUUCGAAACAACAAGGCAAAAGACGUCUGCCUUGACCAGGGCCCCCAAGAGAACCACACAGCAAUACUGUACCCGUGCCAUGGCUGGGGACCGCAGCUUGCACGCUACACCAAGGAGGGAUUCCUGCAUCUCGGUGCCCUCGGAACCACAACUCUCCUACCUGAUACCCGCUGCCUGGUGGAUAACGUGAAAAGCCGCUUCCCUCAGCUGCUCGACUGUGAGAAGGUCAAGAGCAGCCUCCAUAAGCGCUGGAAUUUCAUACAGAAUGGUGCCAUCCUGAACAAGGGAACAGGACGAUGCUUGGAAGUGGAGAACAGGGGAAUGGCUGGCAUUGAUCUGAUUCUUCGCAGCUGCACAGGACAAAGGUGGAUGAUAAAAAACUUCAUCAAGUAAAGAUUGGAGGAGUCAGAGAAGUCUGACUCAAAACCCAGAUGAUGUGGACUGAUCUGACUGGACUCCUUUGGAAAGGAUGAAAUAUCAAAACAGAGCUUUAUUCGUGUUAUUAGGAGAGGACAUGGAGGAAAUGGGCAUUUGUCUUUUUAUUUUUAUUGUAUAUUAGUCUCCCACAGCUGAUUCCGACUGUGUGAAAUUGGGUCAGAACUACUAUUUUCUUCUGGCAAGCACUCUAAAAGAUACCACUUAUUUCUGCUGGAAUGACUGUAAUAAGCUCAUGCAGUCCUGUAUGCAUUUUACUGACAGCGAAUUGUUGCUUUCCCAGGCAACUCCAAGCUCUCCAAAAGGGCCAGGUUUGUUUGCACCAGGAUGGGAGUUGAAAGACCCUGGAUUUACCUGCCUGGCAAGCAUGAAAACUUAGGUGCUUGUGAUAGGGGAAAGUUUGCCAAGCCCCAAAUGAGCUGAGUUAGAAAGAUGUGGUACUUUGCUAAGUCCUCUCUCCCUUUUCCCUUUGUUGCCUCUGCAUCCAGCAGCCACUUUGAGUUUGGGAGAUGCUAAGUGCACCCAGUAGCUCCCAUGGAUCUUUCCAACCCUUAGUCACAGAUGUCAUCAAACAAAAUCCUAUAUAAUAGAAUCAUUGGUCUCCUCUUGCCUCCUCCUCUCUAUCACCCCCGUGCUGCUGUUGGCCAGGCCACCCCAUGCAGCAUCACUCACUCCCUUCUAUGGAGACUCUAGAUGGGUUUCUCUUGGAAAAGACCUUGGAUGUCUGCCUGCCUGGGCAGUUGCCUGCACAUUUGGGUGUCAGUUGGACUUGCAUAUGGUGAGUAAGGCUUGUGGGAUGCUUCCUGCUCCAUGGAAGCCUGGGGAGCUUCACAGUCACCUUUCCCACCUUGCAGGACCAUUGGCCUGGCACUGUGUCCUUGGAUACCCAUCUUUGCCCUUUAUUUUUCCUCUUUUCUUGUAGAAAUAAGGAUGGAUGUGCUGAUAUGUGCAACAGACUGAGAGCAGGUAAUGCAAGAGAAAGUCCUGCUCGGGCUUCCCCCCUACGGAGGCCAUAGGGUUUGUUUUUAAGGCAUCCUUGCUCUGAACAAAGAUAGCAGUAAUGGCAGUCUGCAUAACUUUGUAGUGGUGGUCUCUUUCUGAGACUUGAGCUUGCCUAUUGUGCCUGGUCAGUGUGAAGGUGUCAAGGUCCACCCCAAACAGUGCAUGUUGCUGCAAAUCUUCAUGAGCUGUGGUGGAGUAAGGAAGGGAGAGGGAGAGCAAGAGGUCAAUAAAUGGCACUUUGGCUGAAAUCCUUGACCUUGAAGUCAUUUGAGGCUUGUUAAUAUGGUGAUCUCACCUGCAUUUUUUGGCACACAGUAAUCUUGGCUACCAGAUCUACACAGCCAUCAUGGGAGACUAUUUUUUGGGGUCCUGUGUCUGGCUGUCUGGAAAAGGGAAUCGUGGUCUUGCAAAGUUGCUUCAUACGGAUGCUAGACUAAUGGGUGGAUACAGGAUUCGCUCAGUGGAGAGGAGAAGCCAGCCCAUCUCCUGUCCUUCUCACAGAAUAAUACUGUUUCUGGUUGCCCUCUGGCUAGGGUGCACUAAAAUAUAUUAAUAUAUGAGAUGUACAUGUAAAUAUGUUUCCCAAAGAUGGGAUGUGCACAGAGUUGUUUGCUGCAGAGCACUCAUGCCUGUCUUCCAUUUGCAUCAGGAUGAAGCUACCUGUAUGUUUAAUGAGUUUAAUUUUCAAUGCCAUGCAGCAGGUUUAUAACUGAUGUUUUAGUAAUUUAUUGUACAGAAGCAGAUAUCUUUCAUUGUUCCUUCUACAGCCAUGAGCAUUGCAUAGGACUGAUUGUUCAUUUAGGCUUGACAAGACUUCCUCAUUCAUUGGGGUUGUCUCCUAUUUUUUUCCCUUCUUUAAUGAAGCAAAACCUCUUAGUUGUCCUGAAUUGCAAAGUAGGGAGUCAAUGUAGAAUUUUUCUCUUAUUCACUGUGGCAUCAUCUCUUGUGUAAUAAAUUUUAGCACUUACAAAACCAAUACCAUCACAAUGUCUUCAGAUGCAUGACGUGUUUCCCCUUGCAUUGCUGCUGCCUUCCAAGGAAAGCUAUUUACUGAUGAGGUGGACUCCAGGAAAAGUCUGGGGGAUUUGAGACUUCACAGCUGAUGGUCAAAAUGGUAAAAUGCCCUGUAAUUGAGCCAUCAGGUUGCUGUCAGUCAUCAGUGGAAGCCACAUACUGUUUAGUGUUGGGAAGAGCCUGCAUGUUUCAGGAUAAACAACGAAAAAGCCCUUGGAUGUUGCCUGUGCUCUAAUUCAUGGUUCCCAGUCCAGCUCUACUCCUGCCAGUGCUCAGGGUGCCAACAGAUGGGCUUUGUCAGAUUUAAUCUGGUGGUAUAAGGUGUCACCACCCCCAGCCUUCCGUCUGCUUCAGCUGCUGGAGGUUUCUGUCACCGUCACCAGCAGCAGAGAUGAAUGUGUGGCUACACCUCGGCUACUGCAGUUGGCAGGAUACACUUCAGCCAGCAGGCAGGACGGGCUUGCUCUAUUGAACACACAGGAUUGUCAGCCAGAGUCACUCUGGAAUGUCCACACAGCUCAGUGCAGGAGGCAGCAACCACCGAGCAUCAGCAGCUGCCUUGGUGGCAUUUGUGUGGCCUGAUGGAGAUGAUGCGUGUGCACUUGGGAACUUGUCCUCAGGCAACACAAGAGACCUGGCAAUGAGGAUCCUGUUGGUGAUGGGCUCUUUUAUCCUUUGGAAUAAUAAGUUUCAGAGAUGCCUUUCCUUCAUGCACCACAAAGAAAACAAUAUCAAAUAUGAAGGGGACGGUGGAGGUGAACAUGUUACUCCAGGACCCUGAGGUGGGGCAGAAACCCUGAAGAGGCGUUUUCCCUAUUCUCCAUGGUGUACAUAGAGUGCUUUCAAAUGACUGAAAAGAAGCAGCAUGAGUAAAAUCGGGAUUAAAAGUGCAAAUUGAAUCUGCUGUGUGAGUGUAGCUGAAGUUCUGUUCUGACAUUGGUUUGUGACAUGCAGAGAUGAUUGCCGAGGCAACGACCCGAGGUCUGCACCCUCUGAAACCAUAGAAAUCUGUCUUAGAAAUCUGGAUCUAAGUGUUGCAUCUUGCGCUUAUCUCUAAUAAUAUGUUAAUUGCUUUAAAAAGUGAUUCCAAGUGGUUCCUAUUAAAUAUAUGAUUUGA